AUGGGACCUAAGAACCGAAAAAUUUCUACUCGCAUCAAAUCCUCCCGGGCACCACCAGCCGCGGCUACCGUCGACGGUGGCGAAAACCCCAAGCCGACACAAUUAGAAAGCAGCAGCAGCAUAGAAGGAACCACUUCAUCUUCCUAUGAUUCAAUCAAGCUCGAGUGCGAGAAAGCCUUCACUACUCUGCGCCGAGGGAACCACGUGAAAGCCCUAAAGUGGAUGAAGGAUUUGUGCUCUAAACACGAGAAUUCUGCCUUCGUUCACCAUGUCAUGGGGACCGUUUUUGCCAAGAUAGCCUUGGAUACAAAUGACCCGAAUGCCAAACAACGGCAUUUGAACGAUGCUACAGAGAGCGCAAGGAAGUCAGUGACACUGUCCCCGAAUUCUGUUGAAUUCUCUCUUUUUUAUGCAAAUUCCUUGUUGGACAUAGAAAAUGAGAAGAAUGGGUAUCAGGGGGUGGUGCAGGAGUGCCAGAGGGCAUUGGCAAUUGAAAGCCCCACGGACCCAGCGAAGGAGACCCUACGAGAGGGGAAUUUUCAGAAGAUUUCCACGGCCGAGGCUCGAGUUGCCCACGUGAAGAGAGCGUUGCGUUCUUUGAUUCAGAAAAUAAAGAAGUACAUUGCAUCUGAGCACCAUCACAAAAUUUCGAGUGAGUUACAGUCUUUAAUUCAGCAGACGAACAUUGUAUCCAUUUCAUCUAGGAUGAAAAAUCUGGGUCAUGAAGAGCAGACGCAUUUAACGAGGGUCCUUGAGGACGCAAUAGAAUUGGGACAGAUGCAAGGGAUUAAGAAGAUAUUUAAGACUAUUGAGGAACGUAGGAAGGAGAUUGAGUUGAGUGCGACUGCUGCUAAGCUUCUGCAGCAGAAAUCUGAGUUCCUUCAGGAUGGGGAUGUAAGGAUUUCGCCUGGAACUCUUAAGAUAAGGAUUUCAGAUCUGAAGGCACAUUUUAGUGAGGAAGAAUCAGUGAUUGAGAUUCUUAAUGAUGCCUUAUCUUUUAAGCGAGAAAAUAAGGAAUGGAAGUUUUGGCUGUGCUGUUGCUGCAACCAGAAAUUUGCUGAUGCAGAUUCAUACUGGAAUCAUUUUUUGCAGGAGCAUUUAGGGACUUCAUUACCCACACUUCAGUCAGUUAUACCCUAUAGAGUGGAAAAUGCGUGGGUUGAGAUCCUUCUUAAUUGUUCUUGGAAACCAAUGGAUCUAAAUGCUGCAAUCACAAUGCUUGAAGAACGGUCAAAAUUUGAUGCAACUAAUUUUCUCGAUAAGAAGUACACAAGAAACGUAAAAGAUGAUAUCCACGAAAGCAAGAAGUUGGAAGAUGAUAAUAAAGACCUAAAGAUAAGUUUCCUUCAUAAAAGCAAGCCUUCAACUGAUGACACAAACCGUGUGAAGCUCCUGGAAAGAAUCCAUACCUCAUUUGAAUGGCUUAUCAAUUGCAACUAUCUCGCCUCAGGUCAUGUUAGCAAGGUUAUACACUUCGUAGUUAAGGCUCUAUCUGAUGGUUGUCAUCUUCUUAACUAUAGCGUAGACCAAACUCUUGUGUGUAUCUGCUUUCUGGAUCGUCCUGCUCUUCAGAAAAUCGAUCUUCUUUUCCAGGAAAUUUUGCAUGAAAGUUUUUCUUGUAAAGUAGAUAAAUAUUUUGAUAAACGUUGCACUCAGGUUGUUGACAUUGUGGAGAAGAUAUUUUUAACAUCAGAUGAAUUACUUUUGGUGCUUGACGAGGCUUUUCUUGCCUGUAAGCUCAAUUCCUCAUCACGCUGUGAUACUGGUAGUUUUGUUUCUACUUCAGCAACUUCAUCGCACAGCUUGUAUGAGAACAAGGAUAACGUACCUGAUUCAGAUGCAUUAAUGUCCUGGAUAUUUUCAGUCCCCCCGGGUGGGGGACUAUUGACAUCCUGGACAUGUGAAAGGGAAGAGAGAGCAUAUCGAGGUAAAAAAAUUCUUCAGUUAUUUGAGGAGGAAAGUCACAACCUGCAGAAAUUGUGUUAUAGAAAAUAUGAGCAUUUAAGAUACGAUGAGGCAUUGCAGGCUGUGGAGAAUCUUUGUUGCCAGGAGAGAAUUAACAGAGAGCAGAUUAAAGAUUAUGUCCCCCGAAGUUAUGAAUCUAUCAUAAGGAAGCGGCAAGAAGAGCUCAAUGGAAGUGACAAUGGAAACACCAUUAUAAGCAAUAGUUUUGAGUUGGCUGCAUUAACAAAUGUUUUGAAAGAUGUAGAGUCAUUGAAGUUAAACAAGUUUGGAUUUGAGGAAAACUAUGUUGCCGUGGAACCUCAUCUUUGCAAUGUAAAAUCUGGUGAAGAUGGCGAUGGGAGAGCAAAAGACUACUUGCAGCAGGACUCCUACAUAGAAGUUCAACUACAGAGACAGAAAGACCGUGAGUUUAUUGAGCUCUAUAAAAUUGAUGAAAGGAUCAUACGAGCCAAUAAUUUGAUGCAGCAGUUCAAAGUUUACCUUCACCAUGCAGCUGCCCAUGAUUUCAGAUCAAUCUUGGUGCCUCUAGUGAAAUCAUAUGGGCAGGCACAUGUAAAGAAUCUGCGAAAGAAAGAUGCCAAAAAGAAAUCUAAGGCUGCCAAAGAAGCAUCUUCAGUUGAACUUUCUCUUGAUUCUAAACAUGUGCAUGAGAGGAUGAAGGAUAAGGAAAACAAGGAUUCAGAGGCUACUGGUGAUAAUGCACUGUCUAUGAUUAGUGAUCAGACAUCUGAAGAGAUAUCACAUAUUACUGCUGAGGAUGACGAUGACAAUGAUCCUAAAGCUGCAAUUCCUUUUGCUGUAACUGAAGUUGCUUUAAAACAACAGGAAGAGGAAUACAAGCAUGGACUCAGACUUGAAUUCGAUGACAGAAAGCUUGAAGAAACUAUGGAAUAUGAAAGACAAAUUGAAAAGGAGACAAAACAGAAGCGUCUUGCAGAGCGACCUGUAUCUUCAGAAAAGGAAAAUGAUAAAGUUGCAUUGUCACAAAAGAAGCAGCCAGAAUUGGAUGUUUUGGACUUUCCAUCAAAUAAAGUCAGUGAAGAUGGUGAUAUUAGAAUGGAUACAUAUGGCCCAGGUCUGGAAAAUGAAGUUGUUGAAUAUAAUUGCUUUCUCAACGCCAUAAUACAGUCCUUGUGGCACCUAAGACGGUUUCGAGAUGAAUUUUUGAAAUCAUCGUCUUGGCAUGUUCAUUUUGGUGAUCCUUGUGCUAUAUGUGCUCUAUCUGAUAUCUUCAUUUCUCUGAGAACUCCAUCUAUGAAUACUAGAAGAGAAGCUGUUGAUCCUACUUAUUUGAGGGUUGCUCUGAGCAAACUGUAUCCUGAUGGUAAAUUUUUCCACGAGAUGAAUGUUGAUUCUGAGGAACUUGGGAAAAUAUUUGAUGGUAAAUUCUUACAGGAGAUUAAUGAUGCUUCUGAGGUGCUUGGGGUCAUGCACAAAGGAAAGUCCUUUGACGAGCUUUUAAAUCUGGUUGAGAUGACUCGCCAGUUAGCUUGUGGCUGUGGAAAACUCAACCACAUUCACCAUUUUCUGUCAGCUCAACCCCGUAUUUUCAUAACUGUUCUGGGUUGGCAGAAUAAUUGUGAAAGUGUCGAUGUCAUAACAGAAACAUUAGCAGCCUUGUCUACUGAGAUUGAUAUCAGUGUGAUUUAUCAUGGUCUUGAUCGAAAAAGUAUAUAUUGCUUGGUUUCCGUGGUUUGCUGUUAUAAGCAGCACUAUAUUUGUUUUGCCUACAGUCGAGAAUCUGAACAGUGGAUCAUGUAUGAUAACGAAACUGUUGAGGUAAUUGGUGGUUGGAAUGACGUAGUUUCCAUGUGUGAAAGAGGAUGCCAGCAACCCCAAGUCCUCUUUUUUGAAGCUGUAAACUAG